AUGGCAUCAAAAGAGGGAGCAGGGAAAAUGAGCUCAGGUUCUCGUUCCACCAAAAGACAUCGAUCGACCCCAGCAUGCGCCAGAUGCUACAAACUAAAGCAGAAGUGCGACAGAGGCACGCCCAAAUGCUUGCGAUGUGUGUCUGCAGGUGUUGAAUGCACAGCGAUCAAUCGACAAACAGCGACCGAAAUCCCUCGAAGGUUCGCCCGAAUUGUCCCUAGUCAUCAUCGCAAGAUUCAAUUGCAGAACUGUGUGAUCCCUGUUCAAUACCUGGAACAGCGCUUGGCCGAGCUGCAGUGGGUUGAAUUGAACCACCAAAAGGAUGGCUUUGCAAUUGCCUCUGACGGCGAUGAAGCUGAUGCAAGCCAUUCCCAUGUUCUCGAAGCCGUGUCAAUUUCAAUCACCAACCGGUUCACGCCGAAUCUUUUCCGAUCGCAUGGUGUCCUACAGCAUCAGGCGAAGCUCUUCUAUCCCUCAGAGCGGCCACCUCUCAAAAUCCCUGUUCAUGGCAUUUACCAUGACAUUUACCCUCGAACUGCCGGAUUAGAGUAUGCGCCAAAGUUUGCUUCUUUUAAUGCUAGCAAGAUUCCGCUUGAUGUGGCUCGGCGACUCUUCGAUAACUACAAGGAUAAUAUCCUUCCCCGUUUCCCUUGCUUUCCGGAAGAUGAUCUUUCAAAGCGAUUCGAUCUAUUCUAUGACCCCACAAACUUUGGAAAAGAGAUGCCUGAUGAGACUGCGUUCAUUGUCACUUUAGUCUUGGCCAUAAGCUCUCUCACUUCCAAGAGGCAAGAUUUUCGACGAGUUGCGGCACUCAGCGAGUCCUUGCACGCGGAUGCGAUGCGUCACAAAGGCUUCAUCCAGAACGCCUCCCUGACGACAUUGCGCUGCUUGCUAUUGCUUAUUCAGCUAGCAUUACUUCUCCCACACACCAGCAACCUGUGGUAUUUGAGCGGUGAAGCUGUUCGCAUGGCCGUCAGUUUGGGACUACACGAAGAGCUUGGCAACGCCACGGGCCAGGAUCCUACGCUUCUGGAACACCGAAGGGCACUAUUUUGGCUGACGUACCAACUUGAGAGGACUGUUGCCAUUGCUGCUGGGUGUCCUAUUGCGUUGAGUGAUGACCACAUCACGACGCAGCUACCUUUCAACGGAGGUGACCCCAAUGGAGACCUUGAGCAGUUUAUUCAGAGAGUAUCACACCUGAAUAAGGAAAAACAAUUUCUGAUCCAUGUCCGCGUCUGCAUAAUUCAAUCUGAAAUUCAUGGUGUCCAAUUUUUCGACCAGAGCAUACCUGAGAGCGCAGCUGACUAUGACACCUGGGUUCAAAACACCAAAGACUCUAUCCAAGAUCUGGUUAAUCAGAUCACGGCUGAUGGGUUUGCUACCUCGUGGCUAGUAUCUGCCGCCCAGCAAUGUCAAGUCCUACUUCAUCGACCUUGCUCGCGAAACAUUUCUGUUUCUACUUCAUCCCUAAUUGCUGCAGCAUCUGCAUCAAUACGGCUCAUCAAUACUUCCCUAGAGAGUGCCAUGGCAGGCGGUCUCAUCGGCACUUUUGAAAUAGCAAAUAGCGCUUUCCAAGCUGGUGUGGUCAUACUUUAUGCACUGAGGAAUCAUACUUCUGAGCUACAGCAAGCGUCCAUACGAAUUCAAGCUCAAGAGGCUCUCGAAAACCUAGUUCAACUACUUUUUACGCUCUCAGAACGAUGGCCGGCGACUUUUGACACAGCCAAGUACAUCAAGGAACUCAUCGAAACCAGUCUAAGCGCUGAAAGCCAGAGAUCUGCAUAUGAUCUAAACGUAUUGAAAGAGCUUGACUGCUUGGUCACUCAACGGCGGAUUCACAGCGUUUAUCAUAGAAAUAUCUCCGUUUCAAGCAAGCCAGCACAGGCAACCAACAAUGAGACAAGUCCUGGUUUUCUCGAAGAUGAAGCCUGGUGGAAGGACUUUAUCAAUGAAGAUUUUAAUAUGGGUGAUUAUUUCGAUCCGUCUGAAAUUGCAGACGCGAACAACAGCGUUCAAACUUUGCCAUUGACUUCAGGGUCAGAUCCAGUGACCAUCCCUGAGAUGGCUAUGGACUCCAAUGAAGACCGGUUGGAUUUCACUACACUCAUCGACAUUCUUCCGGCCUGCAGCCCCUGCAGAGAUCGUCGCGUAAAGUGCCACCGACAAUUGCCCGCCUGCAAAGAAUGCCAACGAACCAAUCGUCAAUGUGUCAUCUUUGAUUCUGUGUUAUUAAAGAACGUCCCGCUUAACUUUGUGUUCUCAUUGGCCGAAAGAGUGAAAGAGCUCGAAUUGCAGGUUGGCCCAUCAUCUCAUACCCAAAGCCAGGGACAAAGAUCAGGCCCACCAAAUCACCCUCGACGCUCUAUUAUUUUGAGCCAACAACAGACUGGUCAGCGUAUGGGAUGGUCUGAACAACAAGAUGAAGAGAAAUCUUCUGAUCAUUUCUUUGGCCCGUGGUCCUCAUUGGGGUGUCUCAGGGAGCUCCUCACCAACUCCCCAAACUGGGAGCUUCCAUCGAUAAUAAGAGCUGCCCAGACACUAGAGGACGAGAGCCAUGAGAAUACUCCUGGAUUCGAGUUUAAGCGGUUGUCGAUAUCGGUGGAGCUUUCUCUCAUCCUACUCUACGGUCAAUCGGCCAACGCAUUCUUCCCCAUUCUAGAUGAGGCAUGCUUAGACAGAAUUUAUGCUAGCUACCGCGGUGAAGAUCCCGACCCAAGUUUUGACUACAAUCAAAAUAUCAUCUAUUUGGUUGUGGCCAUCGCCUGUCAAGUGAGGAAGAAGAAGGAAGCAUCAUUCGCCUGGUGGGCCACUUUAUAUUUCCACGAAGCAUUAUCGAACUUGGACACUACCUGCGAUCACUCCUCACGACCAAGAAAUAUACAAUUACUUCAACGAACGCUCUUGAUUUGCGUUUAUUUAGUUCUGAGUCCAGGGUCUGGCGACGUCUGGAGACAUUUGGGGUUUGGCAUCCGUCUAUUCUUUGACUUGUCCCAUCUGCCGUCUGAAGAUGAAGACAAGGAUCAUGUGUUAUUUUGCAUGCUUGCAAGAACGCUUUAUACCUUGGAGAGUCAGGUGUCUAUCGCAUUUGGAAGACCAAGCCUUUUAAUCAUAGGUGAUAGUCUUCGGAAGGAGCUCAUGGAGAAAGCCAAAACAUCUCUCGAGGAAAUUAUAUCCAUACAUUUCUAUCUAAUCUCUUUUCUGAAAAUGAAGAUCCAUAGCUCCCUUCUCAAAAAAGAAGCGUAUAUGGGGAGAUUAGCACGAGAAUACUUCGGCGCCAAGAGCGACUCACAGGUGUAUCGCCGUGAGCUUGACGAAUGGUUGGUAAGGUGGUCGAAGACUGUUGAAAGUAUAGAGGAUGGGAAGGCUAAUCGCGUAUUGACACCAUGGGCUGAACUGAACUAUGCGCAAGGCCUCUAUAUGAUAUCUUUGCUGUGGCCUACACCCGGCGGCCAGCCGACCACUAUUUGCGAUAACAUUUCAAGGGCAUGCCUAGCGUUGGCGCGUCAGCAGCAACUCCUCGCAAAUUUAAGGCUGGUAAAUGCGGAAAGCGAUCCAAUAUUUAUUUUCCCAAUGAAUUGGACUACAGGUUAUUUGGCCCUUCAAGUCGGAUUACAUUGUCUGGGUACCCAGAAUCUAACAUCUGAGGAGCGGCAGGCAAGGAAUUUGUCUCUUCAAAGAUGUCUGGGUGUAAUCUCAAUGUUGGAAACUGACAACCAGAACCUCUUGACUGGGCAAUCCAUCAUAUUCGAGGAGCUUUGGGAAAGAAACAAUAUGACUUAA